AUCAGCACCAUCACUCGGCAUCCAAAACUCGAUACUCGCCAUACUCGAUACUCGCGAUACUCCAUACUCGAUACUCGGCUUUUGGUCCCACAAGAUCUCGUUCGAAAUUCUUUACAAAUGUUGCGCAUACGCAGUGUGAGCCACGUGCAACUGGCAAUCGUUCUAGUGGCCAGCGUUUUGGUCACUGCAAAGCAGGAGACUUCAACGCGUCAGUUUGGUGGCCAGAACUUUGGCAACGGCCUGGGUCCCUCCUUCGGCGGCGUGGGCGUGGGUGGUCUGGGGCCUGGGGCCGGGGCCGGGUUCGGACCUGGAGCCGGAUCUGGAGCCGGAUAUCCGGGCCAGGGUGGCUACGGACCACCGCAGCAGCCGGGCUGCCCGCUGUGCGACUCGUCGGUCUACUCGUACUGCUCGCACAAGAUGGUGCACGAUGCCUGUUGCUGCGAUUUUCCAGGCGGUGCCCCGCAGUUGAGACCGCCCCAGUGUUUGUACUACGACUGCUCGCUGCUGUAUGCCAAAUCCUGCUACGAACACGCCCUCAUCAAGAACUGCUGCUGCAAUAAUCCCUACUGA